AUGCUGCUGCCGGGGUCAAAAGCUAGUUUCUGCCGGCGAAAGUGUCGUUUCACGCCAGCUCUCUGGGGGCAUGCGCAUGAAGUUGACGUCAUUGCACCGCCCUUGUCUGGACAGGAUGAUGAGAAGUUGCUGCCACCGCCGACAGCAGCACCGGUGCGAGAGGCCUCCUGCAGAAGUGGUUCGCCUACCAGCGUCGCACCACCGUCGUCGUGUGGCGAGCAUAUGCAAGAUGGCGAGAACGACAAUCACUUCGCUCGCGAGGCCUUCUAUCAUCUGCCAUCGGUGGCUACGUGGCUGAUUUCCAGAAUCACACAGGACGACUCAGAUGAUGAUCAGCCGCUCUCGUGGUCCAUGCGUCACAUCCUGCAGCCGCCGGAGAUUAAGCAGGAGGAUUCAACUGAAGAUGGUCCACGCAAGCGGAUGUUGGAGAGUCAGGACGUCGUUCACGUGACGGUGUUUGCUGAGGGCACCGACGGCUUGAAUGAGUUGUCCUUCACUGUGGUCGCGAGGACAGCACUGGGUAAGAUGAUGAAGGCACAUGCCUGGUGUGACCACCGCCAGUUCCCGGCAGAGAAGGUUGCGUUCUUGCUGGGGGAGAGACUGCUCAAACCCGAGGACACGCUGCUGACGCUGGGUUGUGCAGACACUGCGGUGGUCUGCCAUGCCGUACCCCACGACCAAGUGGAAGGUGCGAGGAAGGCCACGCCCAAGAUACAAGGACGCCAAAAGGCAGCGAAGUCGAAGCCGAAGACUCCGAAGCCGAAGGCAGAAGGAUCCGACAGUGAAACAGACGAUCCUGAUGCAAGUUGUCUUCCACAAGCAGAAGAAGCUCCUGAGGAGAAACCCGGUGAGGUCUUGCAGUUCGGGGAAGCCAGCGUGGCUUUGCAGCAGCGCCAAGGGCUGCGACCGCUUGCUUUCGAUGCAUUGCAGGCCUCUGGUGCUGUGUUCCCGGGUUUCGCCAGUCGUGUCCGGGACACUCCAGUGCCGGAUGGCGGCAAAAAACGCAGAAAUGUUGCCGCUGCGAUUCUCAGGCAGCAAGCAGCAAGUGAGCAAAAGCCUCUGACAUCUUUCGGAAAUCUUUGCAGAGAUGUCGCGAAAGACGUCCAGAAACAAAACAGAAAGUCCCGAAAGUGGCUGAAGAGAGAAGCCAAUAUCGAGGAGAAUGAGCACUAUUGCAAGCUCUGCACCGGAGCUUUGGCAGUCCUUCAGUUGUCGAGCGAAGAAAUGCUGGCAUCCGUCAUGUCCGAUAGCGCCCGCCUUUGUGAGCAUGCUAAGAGGCAGACAGUCGACCAGCGGGACUUGUCCUUAGCAGUUUCCCUGUGGCGCGAAUGGGGAGAUCAACUCUUGCGGAAGCGAAGCAGAAGCCCAAGCGUGAGCUCUGCAGAGUCUUUCGAGGACUCUGCGGAGAUGAAGGAUAUUCUCAAAAAGUUUUCCCAGAUCAGCGCGAGAACUUCGCGGAGGAGGGCUCAGAGCAAAGCAAAGGCGAAGUCGACAGUCAAGGAGGAGGUGGCCCCCGCGACCGCGAAGACGAGAAAGCCCAAGGAGAGCAGAGAGAAGCCCAAGGCAGCGUCGAAGAAAGGAAAACCCAUGGAGAGCAAAGACAAGCCCAAGGCAGCCGCGAAGAAAGGAAAACCGACGGAGAGCAGAGAGAAGCCCAAGGCAGCCGCGAAGAGAGGAAAGCCGACGGAGAGCAGGGAGAAGCCCAAGGACAUGGAAAAGACAAGGAAGCAGCCCGAGGCAAGUGCUGUGGUCAAGAAGAAGCAGCCGAAGGAUGCGCCUGCGUUGGUCCGAAGGAAGAAGCAGCCCAAGGACUGA